AUGAAUGAAAAAGAAAAGGAAGGACAUCAAAAAACCGUCGAACCAGCAAAAGUUGCUUGUUUGAGCUCUUCUACAAGUUCUGAGAGCUAUUUACCGAAAUACAGCGAAAUCCCGUAUUCUCAUGUUGACAAUAUGGAGAAGGGUUGUUUAUGUUUACAGUCCGAUCCAGAUCCAGUUCCACCAUACUCAAGAAGACAUCAAGAAGCUUAUAUUGGCAUGGCGCAAGGAAAUGGUCCCUCGAAUUCUUUACGGGUCUGUAAGAAAAUACUGUGGUUGAUUUUCUUGCCGGCAAACAUUGCGAGAAUCCCGGAAGCACAGCGGAGACAAGAGAAUGAAGCUCUUCGGCUUGGUUGGUGCCUUAUUGGUUCCAUUAUAUUGAACUUUUUCUUUUCUUACAAAUACCUUGUCCCCUUUAUAAAGGAAUCAAUGAAAGAAUAUGUAUUGUUAUGGUUUCAAAUUACUGUAGCAGCUGUUCUUGUCAUCGUGGCUUUCUACAUGUUCUUAUUUGUUUGUUCAUUGUUGGUGGAUUUUAUCGUUCUACUUCUUUCUGGGAUUAUUACCUUUUUUUCUGGGAUUAUUACCCUUUUUUUUGGGAUCAAUAGUGCUGUUACGAGUGCUCUAGGUUUCAGGAUGCCGUCAGAAAGAAACGACUUAACGGAUGAUAAUUGUAUCCCAUUAAACAGCAUGUCGUCAGAGCCUGAAUAUCAGUUUAAUAAUAGUAGUGAUAAUACUUUCGAGCAAGCCUCUUUUGAACAUUCUGAGCAAUCUCCAGGGUUACGCCGGGAGCCUGGUCAGUCUAGGAAUGUGGAAAGUAGUGGGAGUUGA